AGAGAGGCCACUGUCAAAUGAUAACAAGAAGAUUGGUCGUUAAAAUUUUUCCCGGAGAGGAAAGCGACGUCCAUUAAAUCAAGUUUUUAUUGCGUAAAUCAUGGUCUAGCUUGGUAGAUCUUCUUUGUGGCGAUACCCAUGGCAUCAAAUGUGCCGUAUAGCAAGCAAAACGAACUGUUGAACUCGAGUUCGGAGGACUUAGACAACGAAGAAGAUGCCGAUAUAGCGUUGCGAACGAAAAAAUUCAAGAAAAAGGGGCGAAUUCCAAGACCGAUUGAGCCGAACGUCCAGGUACAAAAUGAUCAAGACUAUGCCGGAAAGAGCGGAGAAGUAAGUGAAGACAAGGAUCUAGGGUAUGGAGAUAUAUGGUCAGCAAAUAAGUUCCAAGCCUCUUCAAGUUCAUUUGGAGCAAGUUCUGAAAGGAGGAAGACUGAAAGUGUUGGUGCAAGUUCGUUUGGAUUUGAUUCUCAAGAAGAUGUAAGUGGUUUCAAGAAAGAAACACUUUUUUGGUUAAGACAUCCCAGAAUUAAAGAAAAUUGGAAGACUGUCACAGCUGCCUUUUUGUUGUUUGUGGCUGGAAUUGCUUUCCUGUUAGCUGGAAUAAUCCUUACUGCUAUGAGAGAGGAUGGAAUGAAGAUUGUGAUAUUUUUUGUUUGUGCUGCUAUUUGCAUUCUCCCUGGAGGAUAUCACAUAAUUUACAUAUACAGAGCUACUAAAGGACAAAGAGGAUAUAACUUUGAGAGUAUACCCUCAUUUCAGUGACAUAGAAUAUAACUUUUUUAUGGCUGAUUAAUGACAUUACAAAAUAUUGGGUGAUAAUUGUUAUUGGUGGUGAGAAUAAUGAAAUCCCAGAAUUGGAUAGGUUCAGAACCCUUGAUCAAGAAAGUCUCUGUAUUGCAUUGCACUAAAACUAUUGAAAUGAAAAUGAUGUGUUAUUUAUUAAAUCUUGAAACUUUUAUGGAAUCCAGUAUUGGCUAUAUUGUGAAAUACUACUUGAAGUUUCUUUGAGUAUGUUUUUUAUCAUGAUAAUUGGUCAGAAUCUGCCGGGCUGUCACGACUCUAAUAAAUUGAGCUGCCCCAGUGGCAUUCAGAGUUUGAAAAAUCUCUACAAGCUUCCCUUUCAUCUGUGAACAGGGAAUGCAGAGAAAGACUCCAUGGGCUAAUUAGCAUGACUUCAUUAGUUUUUCCUUUUUCAUUUGGUUUGAUGGUACUUACUCCUUUGUGUUCACAAGGUAAAGGCAAAAGACUGUUUUUGGUGGAUCAAAAUUAAACCAAUAUAUAAAUAUCCCAACUAUCUUUGGUUGAAAAAUUAUACAGCUUACAAGAAGGCGUUUAAAUAUUGCAAUGUUAAAAUAAUGUACGAGGGCCAAACAUUGUGUAAUAACCUAAUUAAUGGACUUAUUAACUUUAAUAUUGUUUUCUUCAUGACUUUUUGGUGUUAUGGUUUUUAAAGGCAUUGCCUUCAUUUGUAAUAUUUGAAUUAUAAUAUGUGACUUGUUUAAUGCUAUCAA